CAUGGUCUUCCGCACGACGUGGCAGCAGUACUUCGAGGAGGAGGCCGAGGGCAAGGCCGAGCGGGGCGACACCGCCGCCAAGCGCGCGGCGGCGGCGGCGCCGGCCCCGCAGGCCGAGGGCUCCGCGGGGGCCACGAGCGAGGGCGCGGAGGCUUCCCCAGGGCCCGCCUGCACGGGCGCGGCCCGCGCGUCCGCCCUCGAAGGUGCGCGAGGCGCUCCCCCGAUCCCGCGGGGCAGGGCCGCCUCCGUCAGGCGCUACUCCUGGCACGCAGGCCCCGAGAACUUGAAGAAGCAGGUCCAGGUCAAGGACGGCGUCCUCACCCUUCUGGUGUUGGCCGUGGUGGUUCUGAGCAGCUCGUUCCGCUUCCACUCCGCCGCCUGCCAGAAUGCCAACCCGGAACAGGUGUAUGAGGUGUGCCACCACCCAGUUUUCCAGUGGCUUGGAAAGGACACGCUGCAGCGGUGGAUGCACGACGGCAGGACCGCUGACUUCCUCAACGUCUUCUCCUUCGCGUCCCCCCUCGCCCUGUGCGCCGCUGUGAUGGCCCACUACAACUGCGUCCUCAUAAGGAAGCAGGGCUGGCGGGCCGGCGAGGUGAUGCUGUACGAUGCCGUGUCCGUGGCCACAGGCAUGCUUGCUGGCCUCGUCGGGAUCGGAGGUGGGUUGAUCAUCUCUCCGUUCCUGAUCGUCAUGAACCUGGAGCCCGCGGUGGCCGUCGCCACGUCGUCCACGUGCGUCAUCUUCACGUCCUCCUCCACCACCUUGCAGUACCUUCUGACCGAUCGCAUCAUCAUGUCGCUGACGAUCGCUUACGGGAUCGCCAACUUGGCAGCGUCGUAUGCCGGGACCAGCCUGGUGCACAUGAUCCAGGAGAGAGAGGAAAAGCUGUCUCGUCGUUGGUACAUUUCCUCCAUCGUGGGCGCUGGAGUGUUCCUGAGCACCGUGCUCGCCCUCACGCAGAUGGUGGGGCACCAUGAGGGGCACUGA